AACUUUUGCUCGCGUUCUGUCUGCGGCCGUCAGUCAGUGUACAAUUUUGGCCUCGCGUUUCUCACGUACAUCGCUUCACUCGGAUAGGGAAAUACAGAGGAAAAAAAAGUACGUCGUCUGUUGGAUGGUGAGAAAGAAAGCAAAGCGUACUAAUAGCAGCAGAAAGAAGAAGAAUCGGGAAAAGAUCCACAAAACUUUGCUAUUUUUUCGGUUUCGGUGCGUGUGUGUACCAAUUAUCACGGAAAAUUCAUACGCAAAUUGUGCAAAAAGACGCAAGAAAUCCAUCCCUAGAAGGCAGCCCUUCCCCAGAUAUGUGCAGCUAGUUGAAAUAUGAACGUUUUCAACCAAGUAAUACCUAGUAUGAAUCCACAAGAACUGAGUACUAUGGUUUGGAUGGGACAGUUCGCCUCGCCACUGGAUGAAAACCUAACGAAUCUGUACGGUCAACCGGUGCCAGCUGUAAUGGACGACAUCACGCAGCAAGCUUCAUCGAUGGACAUGAACCCAGCCAUCGGGUCGCUAAUCGGUGAUUAUAGUGGCCAUGUGACGGCGAUUCCAACACCGACAGGUGGAUUGGCUGCUAUUCCAAGCUCCGAACUGGCCAUCACAAAUCCGGAACUGUUCAAUCUCCAGCAGCAACAGUUGCAACUGCAGCAACAGCUCAGUCUUGGGAACUACAGUUUCCUCGAGCAAAGUGGCCUUGCAGGGCAGCUGACCGGACCGGGCGUGGGUCCUGGUGGUAUUGGAAUUGAACCGGACGAUGCGGAUGAUCCGGUCGGUGCCACCCGCAUGGUUGAUGAUGACGACGAUGACGAAGGCCUGAAUGACGAGGAGCAUGCCAUGCAAACCUACGAACAAUAUCAACGAAUGGUGGAAAGCAACAGUGAGUUCCUGUCCGUUACCGGACAGGAAAGUUUACUGACCUACAAGCUGAUGAACGAAGCGCAACUGCUGCAACCGCAGGGUAAUUUUCUCGAUUUCGAUGGGUGUGCAAACGACGACGAUUCGUCCAGUCCGCCCAUGCACGACGGUGUCAAAGUUUCCGGAUAUGCUCACCAGAUAGCGGCGGCCGCAGCGGCAGCAGCAGCAGCAGCAGCAUCGGCCGGUGGUUCUGCUGGGCACACCGGCGGUGAAUCGAGCGGCGCAGCGAUACGCUUCCCGAACAAGAAAAUCAAACCGGUCAAGCGGCCCGGGUUAGUGCUGAAAACGCCGAUUGCCUACAAGGGAGAUAUCGAUCCGUCAGUGAUUCCGAUUCAGCGCGAUGGAAUGGCAAUUUGCGAAAAGUGCGGUGCAAUCGGUGUGAAGCACUCGUUCUACACCAAGCAACGUCGGUUCUGUAGUAUGACCUGCGCCCGUUCCUUCGACGCGCUACGUUUAUACAACAGUACCAAUAAUAAUAACAACAACAGCAGCAGCGGCAGCAGCAACAGUAGUCACAACAGCAGUAACAAUUCCGGUCAUAUCAACUCCUCGGUCUCCGGUGGUUUGAUCAGUAGCAAAUCCAUAGUCACCUUGGAGGAUAGCAUCCCAUCGUUGGCCGCACCGUCAGCUCUGCCCCCGGAACAGUUGAUAGACGAUUCGGCCGACGAAUCCGAAUCGGCUAACACGGCACAAAUAGCCGGCGGCACGGAUAUCGACAGUAAGCAUCUACUGCACCAACAGCAACAAAUACAACUACAGCAACAGCUGGCCUUACAGCAGCAGGUGCAGCAACUUCAGCAUCAGCAACAACAACAACAGCAACAGCAGCAAGUACAAAAUAUCAGCUAUAGAUUCAAAAUGUCUCAGAUUGGUAGCGACAAUAGCAACCACGGUGUAAAUAGCGACAAAACAAUCAGUCACGAAAUCGUUCCUCAGGAUGAAAUCCCGCAGCUCCCGAGAGGAGCCCGGUUGCCUUCACCGUGCCCGCAGGACGAACGCAUUAUUAGCAUCCGAAGAAAACCUUCGGAAUUUAUCAACUCUUUUGAUUGGACAUCGUCUCUGGCGGAUCCGACAUUUUUUGCCGCCCCGGUUACCUGCUUCCGGCAUGCGCCGGGCUACGAAAUGUGGCCCAAUGUGGUGAUCGGGAUGAAGGUCGAGGUGGAAAACACCGACUGCGAUAUGCAGCAGGCCUUGAUCGGCGGGACGCCACACUCGUUCUGGGUGGCAACCGUGCUCCGAAUCUGUGGCUACAAAGCACUUCUGCGUUACGAAGGAUUCGACACGGAUUCGUCGAAAGAUUUCUGGGUUAAUCUCUGCUCUUCCGAAGUCCAUCCGGUCGGGUGGUGUGCUACCCGUGGCAAGCCUCUGAUCCCACCGAAAAGCAUAGCCAAACCGUACAAGGACUGGAAGGAAUUUCUGGUGAAACGACUUUCCAAUGCCAGGACACUACCGUCGACAUUUUACAACAAAAUCAGCGAAAGUUUCAAGUCCCGUUUCCGGGUAGCUCUCAAUCUGGAAGUCGUCGACAAGAAUCGCAUCAGCCAGGUGAAGGUGGCUUCGAUCAACAAAAUCGUGGGGAAGCGGCUGUACGUCCGGUACUACGACAGUCCCCCGGAUGACAACGGUUUCUGGUGUCAUGAAGACUCUCCCCUAAUUCACCCGGUCGGAUGGGCAACGACGGUCGGUCACAAUUUGGCCGCUCCGGAAGAGUACAUGGAUCGCAUGAAUGCUGCUCGAGAUCAGAUCCUCGAGCCGAACGAAGACGACGCCACGAUGGAUCUAUUCAAGACCAACUUCCACUUCGAGGAGUACUAUUUGGAAGGUAAACAGACCGGUUUCGAGGAGGGUAUGAAAUUGGAAGCCGUCGAUCCGCUCAAUCUGUCCUCGAUCUGUGUGGCGACGGUGAUGUCGGUGUUGAAGUUUGGCUACAUCAUGAUCCGUAUCGAUUCGUACGAUCCGGAUGCCAGUGGGGCGGACUGGUUCUGCUACCACGAGAAAUCGCCAUGCAUUUUCCCCGUCGGUUUUUGUUCGACCAACCAGAUCACGCUAACGCCUCCGAAGGGGUACGAUUUGACUACGUUUACGUGGGAACAGUACCUGGUAGAUACCGCCAGUAAACCGGCAACGGAGGAUUUGUUCCAUCGGGAUAUGCUCCGGCAGCAGAAGUUUAAGGUGGGCAUGAAACUGGAAUCGGCCGAUUUGAUGGACCCAAGACUGAUUUGUGUGGCGACCAUUUCGCGGGUCGUCGGCCGCCUGCUGAAGGUCCACUUCGACGGUUGGGACGACGAGUACGACCAGUGGCUGGACAGCGAAAGUCCGGACAUUUACCCGAUCGGUUGGUGUGUGCUCGUCGGCCACAAACUCGAAGGGCCCCGAGUGCUGCCCAAGAUUCCGCCGGUGCAGAAAAUUUCCCCCAAAAUCACCAAAAAGGGCAAACGAAAGAAAAAGAUUAUGAAGUUCGAUAUGAACACCGCUGAAUUACACCCAGUUGCCACGACACGUACCGCUUCGAUCAAAAAAGAACAAGAGCAUUUCGACCAGCAAAGGAUGGUGGUGAAUGCGAUUCCGAAUAGCAGCCCCUACUCGAUAGCAGAACUACGAAGCGACAUGGACCAGAUACAGUACAGUACCGGCCACAGCACGGCGGUCUCGUUGGAAUCUCGUAGCGCGAGCGGAAGUGGUGCAUCGUCUUCGCUUCUGUCGAUCAAACACGAACCUCCCCAUGACCCACUGUUGGGGCCGAUAUUCGAUCAUUCAACCGGUAGCAUCGACAGCGGUGACGACGAUAUGGGUGAUCUCAAAACCGAGGACGAAGAUGGCGAAUCGAACAGUGCCACCGGUAAUCCAUCGUCAGCUCCCUCGGAAAUCACCGACAUCGAGUUGGAGAAAUUCAUUCCACGGCUUAUCAACGACAAUGGAAGCAGUUCGCCCGAUCCGGCCGGUGGCCAGAUAAACCCGGACAGUUGGGAUGUGAAGGAUGUCGCGCUGUUUCUGACCGCCAACGAUUGUUCGAUGCACUGCGAACCGUUCGUGUCCGGUGGCGUUGACGGCAAGCGGCUCCUACAGCUUAGUAAGGACGAAAUCAUCACCCUGCUGAACAUGAAGGUCGGGCCGUCGCUGAAAAUCUUUGAUCUCAUCCAGCAACUCAAGUGCAAAAUCGAUCCGAGCAAAUCACGACUACUUAAGUCCAGUCUGGGAAAAAAGUAUCUGUAGCGGGGAGUGGGAGUGGUGGGCUGCCGGAGCGACCGGAAGGGUUCAAAUCCGAAGAGUAUUAACUUAUUUCUCUGUUCUUCAUUUGCGCCACCUGCUUGGGUUUAUUUAGAAACUUUUCGUUUUUUUACAGCUAGUAAUUUGUCGUGUAGCAAAGUUUAUAGGUUCUUUUUUUUUUAACAAAACAAGUACUCUUUCUGUUGUUAUUCAAGCGAAACCAUUUUUUAUCCAGUUUUGUCGGACAAUUCCAAAGCUUUGUGUCGUAGGUGGAGUCAGCGCAGGUAUGCAUAUUGUUUCACAAAACUAAACAUUUCCAGUGAUAGUGGCGGUGGAAGUGAAAAAAAGCAAUUACCAAAAACAAAAGUAACACAACACAACUAUUCAAACACACACACACAGACAGACGGACGGACAGUUCAAGAAAGCCACAGAGAGUAAACACAAACAAACGGAUGCAAAACACCACAACUGAAUGGUGAUUAAGUGGUGAGAAAAAAAACACCUCUGCAUUCGGUGUUGGAGUUGUGCGUGCAGCGAAUUCUUGCUCGAAUUGCUAAAAAGUGUCUAAACAAAAACAAAGCAAAACAAUACAAAACGUAUAGGAAGUAUACAUGAAGUUGUAAAAAGGUAAAAAUCUAACAUGCUAAUGGUAGUAUAAUGUUUCAGAAUUUAUUGGAGUAUCUUUUUUACGAGGAAAGAGAAAGCAAAAAGUAUAUUUAGAGUAGAGAAAAUGGAGAAAAUAUAAGCCGAAAGGAAGUAACUUUUCUUGAAAA